GCGGGAACCAACCCCGGACAGUCGCCAACACGCCGUACACUCACACUAGUACAGGGCCAAUUUAGACUCACCAAUUAAGCUAUCCUGCAUGAUUUUGGACCAUGGGAGGAAACCGGAGCUCACAAUUACGUGAUUUUAUAUAAAUGUUUAAACCGAAAAGCAAUUUGCCUUUAAAUAAAUUGUUUACUUGCACUGUCACAGGUUGGUAGAUAUCGCUAAAUAUUGUUCAUCUUAUAUCACACCAGUAUAAUCAUACACUGUUUAUUGUAUGCGACAUGAUAAUAUUUUAUUUGCCUUUGUAGAGAGCACAAGUAUAGUCCAACAAGGCCGUUAACUGAAAUUUGUUUCACACUCCUGCUCUAACCCAUUAGCAUAUUUUGGUCUUUUAUUUAUAUGAGAAGGGUACCAGCUAAGUGGGGUUUGUUUAGGUCAUAAAACGAGACACAUAAUUGGAACGUUCUUUUCAGAAUGUGUGUCAUAGUUUAAAAUAGAACUUUCAGACACGCGUUAACGUGAAAUCCACUUCAGUGAUUACAGGCCAAAUAAACAUUUAAGCAAACCAAUUAUUGAGACAUAUUACAAAAAUAACAUGUAACACAUUAAUAAAAAAAACGUCAAACAUUAUUUCGAGUUAUGUGUGUGUUUCAUAUUCAACAGCAAUAAAAAUAUUACAUAAUUAUAAACUAAAGCAGACCGUGUGUGUAUUGAAAGCGUCGAUGGGAUUGUGCGGAACCAAUAUUUGGAGCCGGUAUGCGGAACCCUGAGACAGUAAAUAGAUUUCUACACGGACUACGCGUCGGCAGUACCAGUGUUAAAGUGUUAUAUCGUAAAUAAGCCGGUAGCCGCUACCUGAUAGUAGCGUCGCAAUUCUGGGACAUCUGUCCCGAACCGGCUUCGCUAAUCCCGCCUGCCCCUAACGGGCUGCUGCACAGACGAUGGAAUCUGGCCGUAAAUGCCCGGACUGCGGCUCCUCCAACGUGGUGGAGGACGACCUGUACUCGCAGCCCCAGCUGGUGUGCACUGACUGCGGCUCUGUGGUGUCCGAGGGGCAGCUCACCACCACCCGCAGCGAAGAGAUUCAAGGGACAGUUGUUCGAUAUUGUGAAAGUACAGCAGUUGACAAGCAGCCUUGCAGGAAUCAAAUUAAAGGCCUGAAGCGAGUCCGUGCGCUUUGCCGCAUUCUGCGCCUACCUCCUGUCAUCGAGGAGACGUCGGAGAGCCUGUUCGCUCAGGCCUACGAGAAGCCGGAUUUCCUGCACGUUAGCCUGCCGAAGAAGGAGGUGCUGGCCGGCUGCUGUGUACUGCUGGGCUGCCGGAUGCAGGGCUGGCCCAUCACCAUGGGAACGGUCAGCUCCCUGCUGGACACAGACUCUUGCCUCAUGGGGACAGUGUAUAAGAUGGUAGUGAGCACCCUGAAGCUGGAGUCACCUCACACCAACAUCAUGGACCUGAUGGAGGGCCACUGUCGAGAGUACCAUCUGAGCCCCCCAGGUGUCCCGGAGGAGUUCUGUGAGAGUGCGGACCGGCUGGCCAGCCGUGCCUCGGCGCUGGUGGAGCUGGCAUCAGACACCUGGCUGAUGACUGGCCGCCACCCGGUGCCGGUGAUGGUGGCAUCUGUGUACCUGGCCUGGCUGUCCCUGAAGCCGUCUCCGGUCCGCCUGAAGCUCUCGCUGGGCCGCUUCUGCCAGAUGGCCAAGGUGGCGGUGCCGGGGCCGGCCUCCAAGCGCGUGGCGGAGCUGAAGGAGGUGUUGUGUCGGCUUGGCCAGGAGCUGCCCUGGCAGAAGGGAGCUGCUGUCGGCCCCCAGAAAGUGGCUGUGCUGGUCGAAGACGUCUUGAAGCAUCGGCUCACACUGCUGAAGCGGGCAAUUCGCAGCCACGAGGACGCACUGGCCAUGGACACUGAGGGUCUGAAUGCAGGCAAUACCCCAAGUUCCACGUUACCCCUUUCUCCGUGUACCAGCGGUGUGGCCCCUAUUUGUGAGGAUCUACCGACUGGGUCCUCCCCCUGUUCUGAAGGACAGCCUAAUUUCCACCAUUCGCAGCGCCCUACGCCCCAUGCCAAGGGCUGUCAGACGGCGCAGAGCGUGCGCGAUUCAGGGGACGUGGUCGUCACGGUGACGGGAUCUGCAAAGAACCCAGAAGCGAGAGGGGAACCGGCCCGCGGCUCUGCAGAACACUGGGGCAAGAGGCACCCGUUUGUUCCCCCGUGCACAAGGAAGCCGUCAAAGAAACCUCGGCUGGCGGACACGGGACCAGAGGUGACGGGAGAUGAGGAGAUCUCGGACAGCGAGAUCGAGGGGUACCUCCGCACGCCACUGGAGAUGAGGGAGUUUGCCGAGACCCAGAUGAAGCUGCAGUAAGACAGUUACUGACUGGUCCAGCAUGAGUCGUCUGAAACCGGGGCUGUCAGACAGUGCUUGGCCUAUCUUCUCUGCUGGUCCCCAUUUAAUUCGUCCUGCAAUGUGGCCUUGAAAUAGCUACAUUGUUCAGAUGUAUCGAAUCAUCGGGCUAUUUAGUGAGGGACUGUCGAGCGAGAAACCUGGCACCCCAUGGAGAGAACACCUAUUAAAAUCUAAUAUUUCCGCUUUUUGCAUUUUGGAACUCUUGUCAGAUGUGUGGAUAUACCUCCUGGCUUCCAGGAGUGUGUUUUCACAUUAUCCUUUGAACAGCGAAUUGAGUUUGCAUUGUUUGGAUGAUUCAAACAUGUGUUUAUGUUUUCUUUACUGAAAAAGACUAGAUUUUGGAAUUACUUGCUAACCUUUUCUUUUUUAAUGAAAUUAAAUCGUUAAAAUUAA